AUCGUAACAAGGAUAUGACCAGUCAGUGACAUAAUGUCGCUGCUUUAUGAACUUGAGACAUGCGAAAAGCCAUUACCAUGAGUUUUACAACUACGCUUCAUCUUUUAGAAGGAGCUUUUUGUUGUAAAAGUGUUUUUAUUUAACGGUGUUAAAAGAAAGGAGAAAUUCCUUUUGUUGACAGAUCCGUGAACGGUAAACCAGUUCCUACGGAAUUAUUUGGUAAAUCUAGCUGGUAUCGUUUUGGAUGUAUAUAUCUGAAUUAUUUUGUGUUUCUAGCUGCCAUUGUAAAAAUGAAGAAUAAUUACGCUCCAGUUUCGGAUUCUGAUGACUCUUUCAAAGUGCUCAAUGAUGAAAAGUCAGAUGCUAGAUCUUUAGAUGGUACUGGUACGCCUCCUCCGUACUCAGCUCCGAACAAAUUUAUUGAUUUAGAAAUGGCUGACGGAUCUGCUCAGCGUUCUGCCCAAGAGUCCACUAACAACGCUGGAUCGGAUUCGACAUAUUCGAAGUGGAUUCCAGUAGCUAUUUUCUUUUUCUUUGCGUCUGUUGUGUACAUUGGGGCUUAUGGUAUUCUUCUCGUGAUGUUCUUUUAUUUCAAAGUUCCUGUGAGGACACAAGACUUUUGGGGACUUUUUGGCGGAUUUAUUGGAGCGAUAUCAUUAUUUCUCUGUUUGGCGCAUAUGCUCUACCCGGGGUGGUACAAGCAAGCUGGUAGAGUGCUAUCCAACAUGUGUGCCAACAUGUGUGUCGCAGUAAUAUAUACGGCUCUUCUGAAUGGCGUUGGUUUCGUCGUCUAUUAUAAUGUAAAGAAAAUAAUAGGAUUUGAAAAGAUGAACGACAUUGCUUUCUAUGGUGUUUGCAUUGUUAACGUUGCCGUGUUUGUUUUAUUUUGGAGUACGACGGAUACGAGACAACUUCGAAUAUUCAUUGCUGAUUUAGGAAACGGCAUGGGAAACAUAGGAAACGGCAUAAGAGACGCUUCGAAUUAUAUUCGACCGACAGAUUUAGCAAAUGAAGCACCUCGUAACGAGGAAAUCGAGCUUCAACCUCUUGCUGGGCAAAGUGCUGAAGUUUGAGUUUUAACGAAUCUUUUCCAUCCCUCCUAUAAAUCACAUUUUCCUUGGAAGCAUUCAUAUCAAUUGCAAUCCCUCGAGUUUCUGUAUUCUUGUCCACAAAAGUAAGCACAGCUUCAUUCGGCAGGUUUGAUUGUUUUUCACGUUCACUCUUUUAUGAAUCUCUAAAUUCAUCUCGCAAUAGUGUUAUUUAUGAAUCGUUCGUUUUCUUUGUGACGAACGUUCUUGUUCAUGCAACCUUUUUAAUGAUUUCAUUCACAGCAUAGAAAGCACAUAUCUUCUAACUGAAUGAUCGGACGUUUGUAGAUUAAUGAAUUAAAUUGGCGUCUACUUAGAGAGUCAAGUAAAUGAACUGAAACACGAAUUGUCAGACUACAACUUCCAUGCAGCCAUGUCCUUGAAAGAGUCGGAUAUCCAGACCAAAUACUUUAAAUCACACCUACCGAUGUCUACGGCCACACCUAGGCGAAAACACCAGUUCCCGUCCGAUCACUGCAGUUAAGCGUCUGAGGGUCUCGUUAGUACUAUGGUUGGAGACAACAUGGGAAUCCGGGAUGCUGUAGGCUUUUUACUCAUUUUAUUCUUUUUCUUUUUUUUUCUUUGUUUCGUUUGUUUAUUUGUUUAUAUAGAUUCAAGCUUGAAAACACCUUUUUCCUUCCUUUUUUGAGGGAUGUUCCUUGUGAAGUAACAGAGAGCAAGAAAACAAGUGAAGGGGUCAGCGUUGGUCCGUAUGCAUUUCUUCGUUUGUCUCUGUCAAUAGAGAAGUAGAUAUCUCCUCCAUUUAUUAAUCGAUUCGAAAUUCAGGCGAAUCUGUAUGUCUUGUUGAGUUUACCAAGGCAAGCUAAAUCUGAAGAAUACAUUACCUAGCCAGCAUCACACAAUAAAGAAAGUUGAUGCCUAACUACUAUAUUUUACAAUGACAA